CGCUCCCUCUUUUCCCACAGUCAAACAUGGCGAAACUCUUUGCCAUUAUACCCCCACCAUCACCUUCAACCUCCGCUUUCACGUUAUCAUCACCGCUAACAUCAUCAUCAUUAUCUUCACUACUAUCGACACCAUUAUCUCCGGUACCGUGAUGACCCGGGAUGAUGGAGAAGUUGUCGGCGAGCCUGUCGGAGAUCACUUGGAGCCCGUUGGCGCUGCCGUUGGACGCGGUGGUCAGCAAGUUCCGUCUGCCCACUCUGGUCCGCCUCGCCCACGGUGAAUGUGUGGAGGGUCUGUCGGAGGAGGAUGUGGUGCUCUUACACUCCUGUCGUCAGUGGACCACAGUGACCGCCCACAGUUUGGAGGAGGGGCACUACGUCAUCGGACCCAAGAUUGACAUCCCUCUUCAGUACCAGGGGAAGUUCAAGCUGUUGGAUGAAGACCGAGACGUCAGGGAUCCCGUCCAGUAUUUUGCCAGUGUGGAGGAAGUUGCUGGAGUCUUCCCUGACCGAGUCUUUGUCAUGGAGACCAUCACUUUCAGUGUCAAGGUGGUGUCAGGCGAAUUCAGCGAGGACAGUGAGCCCUAUAGCUUCACUCUGCAGGCUGGAGAUGAGCUGUCACUCAUGGGGAAGGCGGAGCUUCUCUGUGCCACGCCCUCCAAGGAAAAGACAGGACUGAGCGCGCUCUUGAGACGCCUCGGAAAGACCCCUAGAAGUAAAACUCCCUGCCUGGUCUGCAUGAAUCAUCGCACCAACCAAAGCGUCAGCCUACCAUUUGGCUGUCGCGGACGAUUUUGCACACGUUCUCCUCUUGAGCAAGGCAUGCUGGGUGGAGAGCACACGGUACGCAGCAUCAUCGAGAGGGUUCGCCUCCCUGUCAACGUUUCGGUGCCUUCACGACCACCAAGGAACCCUUAUGACCGCCAUGCCGUACGAGAGGGCCACCGCUACAAGCUGCUCAACAUCGUCAGUAAGACGGUGGUGCUCUGCAUGGUGCUGCGUCGCCAGGAAGUCUCCCCCUCUCACUUCCUGCUGCUGCGCUGCAUGCCCCGGUUUAACGUAGCAGAGGCCUCUGUCCACACGGCGGCACUAGAGAGCCUCCUCUUGCGACAUUCCUUUGACCCAGAUGCUUACUCUCGGGCUGUGAGAGAAACUAGACCAGAGCUAGAGUGUAUGACUGAGGAGUGUGUGAGCCCAAGGCGCUCUCGGAUGUGUGUGUCGGGUCAGGACUCGUUAGCACCAGCACUGCAGCGGCUUUCCAUGUGCGGAUAUGGGGGCGGGGUUUCGGACAGCCUGUCACAACGCUGCAGGGACUCUCUUGGAGAGCGGCUCGGGGAGGGGCCAGGUGAAGAGCGGGAGUAUGUGACUCCUGAGUGGACUGAGGCAGAAAUGAGGACCAGUGAGGAAAUCCCUUAUGAGGAGCUCUGGACCAAUCAGAACCCAGAGAGUUUGGGGAAGGAGCCAAACCUCAUCUCCUUCCACUCGUCUUCUUCAUUAGACGGCUCUCUUGGCACUGUGUUAACAAGAGUGUCCACGCCACCACCUGUACCUCCAAAAUCUGAUGCUGUGAGAGAGGAGUGUCGCUACUUGAUCGCCCCUCCAGUGCCCCCACGCUGCUCUAAAGGAGGCUCCAUCUCUAGCCCGGCCCCCAGCCCCCCUGUCCCACCUCGAUUCCCCAAAACUUCCACCUCCCCCAGACCCAACCUCUCCUUCUACUCCUCAGGACUUCAGGACAGCUGCUCGCCCUCUCCGGAUGCCUCUCUCUACUGUUACCCCUGCUCCUGGGCCGACUGCCCCGCACCAAACCCCACCAGUCCUGAGCCUGUCUCUGCCAUUCCUGCAGAUAACACAGCCAAUCCCCAGCCAGCACAGGCCACAUGGGCAGAGCCAUGGGUUGACUCCUUCACCUCCUCUGGACCUCGAUUGAGACCACCUCCGCAAAGCCGUUUUGCUCCCUUCGGGGCGUUGAACCCCUUUAAUCGUCAGUCCCCCUGCCCCUCACCUGAGCCAACCACCAACCCCACCACAGAUUCCUCCAGAGGUGCAGAGGGUGGCGGAACAUCCACUGGAGCCACUGAAAGCCUGUCCACAACCCCUGACCCCACCUGGCGUCCCCCUGCUGACCUCUCCGUGCUUUCAUUGGAGGAAGUAUCAGCCUGUCUGCGCUUUAUAGGCCUAUCAGAGGCAGCAGUUGGUGUGUUCCAGAGGGAGCGAAUAGACGGCAGCCUCCUGGUGCAGCUGACAGAAGACAUCCUGUCACAUGACUUCCACCUGAGCCGACUCCAUGUCACCAAGAUCACACAGUUCAUACAGGGCUGGAGGCCGAAGAUCUAACACUCACUCAUAAAUGCUGCCCUGAUAAUGUGCCUGUUGGCUCCUGAGCCAUCCUGAAUGUGCCUUCCAUUGUGACCAAGCCACUGCUGAGCCCCUCUGAUUCAAUCUGACUCUUUGCUGAAGGAAACAACGCCACCCUGUGGUCAAAAAUUAGAUCUGACACUUGAAUGGCUUCUUGCCUCAAAUCUAGGACAGACUGCCUGAAUGACAGACUGGGACUAGUUACUAACAAAUGGCUACAACAGAGGGGUACAUGUUGAAAAUGUUCUAUUAGAGUUUGUUUUGGGGGCAAAACACUUCAAAAUGUCCAUCAUCUCUCUAGUUUUAAGUUUUACAUUCAUCAAGCCUGCUAUGAGGGAAAACUGUCUUUUAUUUUUUAUUAAAAAAAUUACAGAAGCCCUUAGCAGACAUGCAACCAAACAAUUUAUUUAUACAAUCCUCCCUGAUAAGUGCAAACCUUUAUUCCAAAAAGAUGGGAUGCUGUGUAAAAUGUAAAUAUAAGCAGUAUACAGGGAAUGCAAAUCCUUAUCAACCUAUAUUCAACUAAAUACAGCACAGAGACCAGAUAAUUGAUGUCCAAGCCAAUCAACUUUAUUGUUUCCUGAAAGUAUGCACACAUUGUGACUUGUAUUUCUGCAGCCUGUUCCAAAAAGUUGGGACAAGGGUAAGAAAAGACUGAAAAAGUUGUGAAAUGCUAAAAAAGACCUGUAACAUUCCACAAGUAAGCAAAAAAAUCUGUAACAGGGGAAAGUUGUGAAAGUAUAAAGGAACACUUCUGAAAGGGCCUGUCAUUUGAUAGAUUGAUCAUCAAACAUUAGUUCCAUUUUUAUAGUACAAGUAUCCAUAAAAUAUUUAACAACUUUGCUCUGAGAGCAUGAGUCCUCAGAGUUGUUAUACUUUCCCUUUACCUUUCAUUAAAAAUCCAUUUGUAGUUACAAAACAUCUUAAAAUUCCUCAACAUGUGUCUGCAUUUAAACCACCUGUAAAGUUGUUUUUAGAAAUAAGGGUUACUCUUGGUUAAUUAGAAAAGGAACAUCCAGAUUGUUAUUAAUGCAGAGCAUAAAAAAAACAGCAUCCGUGAUGGUGUUGGGGUGUUUUAGUGCAUGGGUAACUUACACAUCUGUGAAAGCACCAUUAAUAACGAGUAGUACAUACAGGCGUUGGAGCAACAUCCGCCUCCAUCAGGACGUCUUUUUCAGGGACGUCUUUCAAGUGUUAAUUUUGUUGACCAAAGCUAUGACUCUAAAUGUCUGUCGAUUACCUUUUCUUCUUGAGGAAGACUAGACUAAGACUAGCUAAAAAUAGAUCUUUGAUGACAAAAACUCUGACGAAAGUUUUCAUCAAAGAGACUAAAGAGACCAAAAUGUAAUUUAGUUUCUGUUGAGAAUUCAGAAUCCAUGAUGUAAAGAGCACAAGCUAAAUAAGUUUUAAUUCCCUUCAGCUGUAGGAAGCAGGGAUACCAGGUUUUGCAGGGUGCAUAGAACACACGAGUAUGAUCUGAACCAGAUUUAGGCAAAAAAAAAAAGUUUUGACUACAAUGUAAGGACUUUUCAUGGACUGAAACUGGACUAAAAUGUUUUUUAGUUUUGUCAACAGAAACUAGACUAAAACUAUAAAGGGCAGAAAUUACCAAAAUGUGGCUAAAACUAAAAGGCAUCUCAGUCUUAAGGCUAAGACUAAAUUUAAGACGGCUGUCCCUCCUUGUUUCAGCCUUAAAAUGGCAAAUCAUGGCAAACAUUCUGCAUGCACUGGACUGGCCUGUUGAAAAUAUAUGGCAGUCUAUGAAGCACAUACACUGAUAAUGAAAACCAGCACUGUUGAACAAAUUAAGAUUUGCAUUACGUAAGAAAGGGAACUAAUUCUACUUGAAGUUACUUGUCAUCAGUCCCAGAUGUUUAUAAAGCUGUUAGAAGAAAAAGUGAUCACACAGUGGUAAACAUGCUUAUGUCCCAACUUUUUUGGAACAUGUUGCAGUCAUGAAAUCAGGAGAUUGUAUAUGUUUCUAAAGUAAAUAAAUAAAAAGUUUAUCAGUUUGAACCCUUUGGGCUGUAUUCAACUGAAUAAAGCUUGAAAGGGAUUUUCAAAUUACUAUUUCUGUUUUAACUCACAUUUUACAAUGCAUCCCAAGUUUUUUGGAAUUAGAGUGCUUUCUCAAGAUCUUAACCUAAUUUUCUGGUUGUAUCAGGAAAACAAGGCUGUAAUUCCUGUGAUCAUGUAAAAUCUUCUCACCAUCAAAAAACAACACACAUGCAACCAUGCCCAUCACCAGAGAAAACUCAUCAUGGGAAAAAGGGUUUACAUAAAAUAAUAAAAUGAUAAAAUAAAAUGGAUGGAUGCAUGUCAUCUCGCAGCUUCUGCAAAAAUAUGGUUUGAUGUAAAAAAGUGUUGCAUCGCCAGUUUUAGAGGUUAAAGGUUGAUUAUAUAAAAUAAAGGCAAUGAAGGGAUUUAAAUCCUCUACUGCUGAUCAGUACCUGUACAUUACUGAACCUGAUCCCUGAAUCUUAAUUUGUAUACCUGAGUAUUGUUGACAAAAAAUACAAAAGUGAGUUUAUCUUAAGAUAACAAAGAUAUUUAAAGCUGAAAAAUGUUGUAAUUCAUAAGCAAGAAGUGAAGAAUUUGCUAAGAUUCUGGUACUGAUUGAUAUGUAGCCCCUGAAGUCCAUAAGGGGUCCAUUACAUAAUACUGCUCUGACUUGCAUUAAACAUUCACUUCUUCUUUGAACACACCAUUAAUUCUGCUAACAUCAAAAGCAUAAAAGGUCCUCACAGCUAUCGUUGCAGUAGAGACAAACCUCCCAAAAAUGCAAGAUAGUAAGUUUUGCACCGAAGUUAAUAUUAUUACUACCUUUUUGGACUUAAGGGGCUCCAUAGAUCUUGGAUUCACAGAACAAUCGCUGGACUUAAAGCUGUCUGUAUCAAUACUAUCUUGUGCUUUGAUAUGGUAAAAUUGUUAUUAACAUUCCUUUAAAGGGUAACAGUGUCCUCUUGUCUGUAUUAACUUACAGACCUGUUGCCAUACUAUGAUAGAAUUUCUCGACUGCCUCGUAAAUAGUUUUUUUAAAGUGUACCUCAGAUCACUUGUUGAUUUUUGCCUGAUUUAGCCAUGCAUAAUAAUAAAUGAAAUUACAAGUCACAUAU